UUCAGGUUUACAUCUUAGUUCGGUAUGGAUCUACCGUCACAGUUCAUGAUCGAGGAUGAGCUCAGAUCCAUGGGAUCAGAACAACUCAGACGUGAGAGGAGUUUGAUAUCAAACGAUCUGAAGUCUCUGCAAGAUCAGAUAGGUGAUCUGGCAUUCAACAACUAUCGGACGUACGCAGAUGCUGGCAGGACCACUCAGCACUGUACAGAGAUUUUUACCGAGAUGAAAGACAAGCUGCGCGUUGUGAGCGGUGAAAUACCGGAGUUGGCUGUGGAACUCCGUGAUUUUCAUACUCGUACAAAAGAUGUCUGUAAAGAAUUGGAAGUUGUCAAGUCCGCCUGCGAAAAGGAUAGUCCAGUAUGGGAACUUCUCUCGCUUCCUUCAAGAAUGGACGUUUGCAUCCGUGCCGGUUAUUAUGAGGCUGCAUAUUCACUUACAAAUUACGGUAUGAUGCUUCAGCAACAUUCCAUCAUAAAGAAUCCUUUAGUCAAAGGUAUCGCUGACAAACUGGUGGAAGCAAGAGCAUUUCUUCUCGAGGAGCUGUUCAACAAGUUUUCAGGCCCUCUUGAUCUCGCUUCUUCCAUACAGGUUGUCAAUAAUGUGCGAAAAAUGCCAUAUCUUACCCCUACGCAACUGCGAGUUUGCAUUCUGCAGCAUAGAGAUAUGUAUUUAGAUCGUCAAAUCCUCGAUAUCACGAACCAUCCCGAAUUUGCAAUUCGUGCUAUUGAAAUCUAUAGGGAUUGCAUGUAUGAUACGCUCGUGCUGUAUCUUGCUGUUUUCCCAGAAAACGAGACGAUGCGCAAAGAUUUGUCUUUGGAUCCGAGGUGGGAAACAUGGCCUUCAAGCGCCCCGUCGUCGGUUCUUGGACAGUGGACGGCAAGAAACAUCACUCGGUUACUGGAUAUCAUACGGAGAGCGGACAUGAAAAGUAGCGUUGAUAUGUGUACUGUAUGGUCUAAGCUUAUGUCCUUGGCUGCAUCUUUGGGUCGAAUGGGUCUUGAUUUUCGUGCACUUGUCGUCGAUUCCCUCAUCAAGAUAGUUUUGGAGCGAUUCACCUCUGCUAUCCGAAUGGCAACCAAUACGUUCCUGAACGAUACAAAAGUGCUCUCCAUUGCUAGUGGUGAAUUGUCAUCAUUGGCGUUAGACAAUGAACCGAUGGACGCUAGUAAGCCUCCACAACCUUCCCCUGAAGUAUCUCUGUGGGACGACAUUUGCGUGUAUGGUAACGCAGUAGUUGAAGCUUUGAAUGGGUUGCGCUAUACUCCAAGCCCUAUGCUGAUCCAAAAUAUAGUACUAUGUGUAAGGGAAUCUUUACGCAGCAUAUUGAUAUGGCUUUCUGGCCAGUCAUCGUCUUCACACUUCAAAAAGGCUGUUGAGAUCCUUAGUUUCCACUUUGUUCCAUUUCUCAACCAUUGCAUUCGAUUCUUGUUCCCAUAUUCUGGGAUAACUCGUCUGUUUGGAACAACGUUAAGUCCACAGAUCUACGAUUCAUUCACCGAGCUGAACAUGAAGGAGUUGAUAGCUUCUUGUCAGGGUUGCGCAAGCAUUCAGCAGGCACUUGACGAACUUAUGCAAGAGAGAAUUGUGCCUGAUUUGGAGAUUCUGAACAUUCCUAGCAAUGAAACGAAAGAACCAGUUACUACUGAAGCCAAACGAUCACAAGCAGACGUGGCUUCUGCACUUUCGGAUACUUCCAUGUGCUCGCCUCCUGACCAAAAUUCAAGUUCCAUUCAUUUCGAACUUGGAGAUGAUGAGAGCGAGGAUAACAUUGUGGAGAAAGAAAUGGAGAAGGAAGCUGCAGAUAGUACUAAUCCGAAGGCUGAGUUGCAACAGCCGCUGGUGGAUACUACUAUCAAAAAUGCAGUAACUGAUGAUGUUCCAGCACUUGUUGAAACUGCUCCAAGUCCGCCGUUUAGUGAUGUUGAAGAAAAUAAUACGCAGUCAAGUGAUUGGGGUUGGGGUGAAGAGAGCUUGACACCUGAAGUGGAUAUGACAAAUUAUAAAAAAGCUGAUUAGUAAUUUCUUCUUUGAUGACCCUACGUAUGUACAAUUGAUUUCGAGCUGCAAAAACUUCAUACGAAAAAAUUCUGGAUGGAAUUGUUUCGAGAUAACUUGGCGAACAUCUAGUGCACGACAAAAUAAUUAUUGGACCGUAAACGCUGUGAUAAUUGGCCGAACGUGAAUUCUAGAUAUUCCUAAGUUUUUUUUAAAUCUCCGUACAAGUAUUUGCUUUCUUGCAGACCUUUUGGUCUCAAAGUUCUUUGAGCGAUUAUCAAGCAGUUGCCUUGUGUGGUCUAA